AAUGACAACAAUUAGCCAACAUGUAAACAUGAGGUAUUUUUGUAUUUGACCAACCUCUUUGGUUGGCAUCCAUCCACAAACCUCUCUGUCUCUUGUGCCAAAAUAGCAUAACUAAUUCUUCAUCCUAGCAGAUUUAACCAACCAUUACCUGAGUUUUUCUUUUCAAAGGGUCCAUCACCUUUCAAAUGUAACUUGGACUCAAAGAACCUCCCUUUUCAUUUUCAUUAGGGUUCUUCUGAGUUCCAGCACCUUUUCACCUUUGGAGAUUCAUCUCUACAAGGCUUUUCACCCUUCUUCAUCUUUGUUUCUUUCGCGUAAUAAGAUACUAUAUAUAUUUACAAGUUAGAGCAAAGAGAAUGAAAAGCCUUAGAAAGUCGGAUUCUCCGAGGGGAGAGGUUGGAGAGAUUGACACAAGGGCACCAUUCCAAUCUGUCAAAGCAGCUGUUAGUUUAUUCGGUGAAGUAGCAGUUCCUAGGGACAGAUUCGCUGUCAAGAGAAGAUCAGCAGAGAAUGUAUUUGAAAAGGAGACACAACUUAUCUUGGCCCAAAAAGAACUAGGCAAGUUAAAGAAACAUGUCGUCAAUGCCGAGGCCACGAAAGCGAAAGCACUUUCUGACCUUGAGAAGGCCAAGGAGACCCUUGAGAAUUUGACAAACAAGCUGAACAAUGUGAGAGAAUCCAAGCAAUCUGCAAUGGAAGCGGCAGAAGCUGUGAAGAAUCAAGGCAAGCAUUUUGAAAAGACGUUAUCUCUAAAAGCUAUAGGAUAUGAAGCUUGGAAACAUGAGCUAGAACAUGCAAGGAACGCGUACACGACUACGGUAACAAAACUAGAUUCUUCCAAGAAAGAACUCACGAAAAUCAGGCAAGAUUUUGAUGCAGUUUUGGAGGCGAAGCUGACAGCAGUCCAGGCAACAGGAGAAGCUCAGCGGUCUGCAAAGUUAAACUCGGAAAGGAUUGGUGAACUGUCGGAGGAAAUCGCAACGAUGAAAGCAUCGAUAGAACAGUUGAAGCUCACCUCUGCGGCAAAUGAAACACAAUUUGAGUUUUAUAAAACCACAAAAGAAGAAGCACAGAAGAAGCUGGAGGCUUUGAAGAAUGAAUAUAAUGAUCCAGAACUAAUCCAAAGUCUUGACGCAAAACUUGCUGAAACAAGUGCGGAGAUUGAGGUUCUUCAAGAGCAGAUGAAAAAGAUCCAUGCUUCUAAGAUGGAUUCUGUGAGACUUCUAACUUCAGAACUCAAAGAAGCGACAAAGAAACUGCAGGAGGUUUCUGCAGAAGAAAACUCCCUUAAAAAGCUAGUGUACAUGCUUAGGACAGAACUGAAACAAGUGAAGAAGGAGCAAGAUGAACUGAAGGAGAAGAAACAAGCAGCAGAAGAUCUUGCUGCUAACCUCGCCGACGAAUUGGAAGAGAGCAAGGAAGAGGCAGGGCCUCAGCCAGGUACUGUGGAGGAUCUUGAAGCUGAUAUCUUCUACAUGCAGAAUUCCAAAGUCCAGAAGUUACAAUCGGAGACAGAAGAUGCAAAAAGAGAAGCAGAAGAGAUGAGAAGAAAGGCUCAGGAACUGAAGCAAGAAGCAGAAAAAUCCCGAGCAGUGGCUGACGAAGCAGAGAAAAACCUGGAACUUGUACUGAAAGAGGCCAAAGCAGCAAAAGCAUCAGAACUAAAAGCCAUCAAAGAGAUGAAGAUUUUGUCCGACGUGCAAAGUAGACUCUCGAAUUCAAAAUUCAGCGGUAAAAUCGGGAUGCGAAAUGAAGAGUUUGAGUCAUUGAAUGGAAAAGUGAAGCAAAUUCAAGAUUUGGCAGAAAAGAAAGAGGCAUCUGUCAUGGCUGAGCUGCAAGAAAUGUACACAAGGAAAAAUGAACUCGACAGAAAGGUGGAAGCUAGCCAGAAAGUUAUUGAGGAAACAAAGGCUGCAAUGGAGACAGCUUUGUGGUAUGCAGAGAUGGCAGAUUCAGCUAAAGUGGCAAUGGAGCAUGAACUAACCAGAUGCCGUCAACCUGGUAGUACGAAUUCCCGGAUAUCAGAUUGUUCUGAUAAUUCUUCAAUAUUGAGCAACUAGAACUGUAAUAAGAGAUUCAAAAGCUAAAUGGGAAAGUAAACAAAUUGGUUGAUUCUUGGGUUGGCUUUCCGUCUUUCUCUUGGAAGAAAAGAAGACUCCUCGCAUUGGAAGGUCACUUAUUUUAAGCAGUAACUCUUCCAUACCUUGGAAGCAAUGUUAAUAUUCAAUCUUUCAUAUAUGAAAACAAAAAUAAAAAAAUUUCAAAACAAACUUGUGCAAAUAUGAUUUCUCAUUGUUAA